AUGGCUAAACUGGGUUCGUGUGCCAUGUUCAAGGGGUUGCCUUCCUCUAGAAUAUUGAAGCAAAUAACUAGAUUGAACGCUAUUGCAGGAACUUCUGAGUCAGCAUACAAAUUUGAUGCUUCGAAAUAUACCAAGAUUGAACUUUUCUUGCAACAGAAGAACAUCCACGGUCCAGCCGUAGGCUUGAAAAAGUUCUGGAGACAAAACUUACCAACUUUGAAGUUCCACAACGAUGAUAUUCAAUUCUCAUUGACGAGAAUCCAAGCUGAAACAGCUGCUGAAGUAGCAGCAUGUCCUUCUAAGAUCGUUGUUCAUUCUGUAGAUCCAGCCUCUAAGAUUGAAAUUGAUUGUAAGGGCAAACAUUCGCUGGUUAUUCUUAAUGAACUUGUAGAAGCUACUAAAGCUACCAAUGUUCCCAUAGAAGAAAUUCCAGUGCUCAGACCUCCACAGCAAAAGGAAUCAUGGGCUACCUAG